AUCCACUGUGUUACCGCCUCAGCAAGAGAGAUAGAAACAAGAAGACAGAAGAGAAAGAAGUAGACCAGAGAAACAAUCUGUGUGGACGAACACCCACACAGGGAUCCACAGAUAUCAAUCCAGCCAGUCGUGAUGCAUGUGUUGCCAGUACUACUGCCCCUGCUGCUGUGUGUGGCAGUGGGGUUGAGCCAGGUGAGGGCGGAGGUGAGCGUUGUGAAGCUGUGUGGCAGAGAGUUUCUCAGGGCCGUCGUCUACACCUGUGGAGGCUCCCGCUGGAGACGGAUUCUCAACGAACCGGAGCAACUAGAGGGUGAGUUAACCAUAUCUACCUUCUACUUUAAACCAUCUCUGUUACCCCCACUUUUCACUUUCUCCUUUUCCAUGUUACCCCUUUUCAUUACAUGCUUAGGUUUACAGACCUGACUAUCCAUUUCUGAUCCAUAUCCUCCUACUUACACUUCUUUGGUCCUCUGUAGCUCAGCUGGUAGAGCACGGCGCUUGUAACGCCAAGGUAGUGGGUUCGAUCCCCGGGACCACCCAUACACAAAAAUGUAUGCACGCAUGACUGUAAGUCGCUUUGGAUAAAAGCGUCUGCUAAAUGGCAUAUUAUUAUUAUUUAAACAUAUUUCAUGUGGUAUCUUCACUUAAACUCAGAUUCCCACUCACACCACUGACAUUUUACGUCAGGAGUUAUUCCACUUGAUAAACAGAAUGACAUAAAUUGACCAGACAAUGUAUCUGUGAGUCAGUGAUGGGGUCUGUCUGCAGCAGUUGAUCCUCUGGCUGGGUCAUGUAGGUAUUUUAUGCUGUAUGGUUCUCUGGAACAUUCAAACCUAGUGGAACCCAGGUCUCCUCAUCUGAUUGUGAUGCUAAUGCUAUCAGGGUCAGCCAGCAUGUUCCCAUUGGACAGACAGCAGCAGGCUAACCCAGUUAACACAUUAGCCAUGCUCAUUAGAACCAGUUAGAGGAACAGAUACUGGACAAGACAGAUAGCACCGGCAAAACCUGUACAAUAAUUUAGGGGUUUCCUCAUUUGACAGGACCAUGUACAGCAAUUACGCUGUUAAACAUAGACUGCAGAUAAGAUAUCACUCACAGACAAUCAGCAAGCAGUCACCCACACAAAAUCUGUCAGCGAUCACUGCCUCAUUGCCUGCGUCCGUAAUGGGUCCGCGGUCAAACGACCACCCCUCAUCACUGUCAAACGCUCCCUAAAACACUUUAGCGAGCAGGCCUUUCUAAUUGCCCCAUUCAAGAAAUUCAGAACUAAGAACAGAUAUAGCCCCUGGUUCACCCCAGACUUGACUGCCCUUGACCAGCACAAAAACAUCCUGUGGCAUACUGCAUUAGCAUUGAACAGCCCCCACGAUAUGCAACUUUUCAGUGAAGUCAGGAACCAAUAUACACAAUCAGUUAGGAAAGCAAAAAGGCUAGCUUUUUUAAACAGAAAUUUGCAUCCUGUAGCACUAACUCCAAAAAGUUUUGGGACACUGUAAAGUCCAUGGAGAAUAAGAGCACCUCCUCCCAGCUGCCCACUGCACUGAGGCUAGGAAACACUGUCACCAGCGAUAAAUGUACGAUAAUCGAGAAUUUCAACAAGUAUUUUGCUACGGCUGGCCAUGCUUUCCACCUGGCUACCCCUACCCCGGCCACCAGCUCGGCACCCUCCGCUGCAACUUGCCCAUGCCACCCCCCCCCCCCCCCCCACCCCCCCGCUUCUCCUUCACCCAAAUUGAGACAGCUGAUGUUCUGAAAGAGCUGCAAAAUCUGGACCCCUACAAAUCAGCUGGGCUAGACAAUCUGGAUCCUUUCUUUCUAAAAUUAGCCGCCGAAAUUGUCGCAACCCCUAUUACUAGCCUGUUCAUCCUCUCUUUCGUAUCAUCUGAGAUCCCCAGAGAUUGGAAAGCUGCCCUCUUCAAAGGGGGUGACACUCUAGAUUCAAACUGUUACAUACCUAUAUCCAUCCUGCCCUGCCUUUCAAAAGUAUUUGAAAGCCAAGCUAACAAACAGAUCACCGAUCAUUUCGAAUCCCACCGUACCUUCUCCGCUAUGCAAUCUGGUUUCUGAGCUGGUCAUGGGUGCACCUCAGCCACGCUCAAGGUUCUAAACGAUAUUAUAACCGCGAUCGAUAAAAGACGGUACUGUGCUGCCGUCUUCAUCGACCUGGCCAAGGCUUUCGACUCUGUCAAUCACUGCAUUCUUAUUGGCAGACUAAAUAGCCUUGGUUUCUCAAAUGACUGCCUCGCCUGGUUUACCUACUUCUCAGAUAGAGUUCAAUGUGUCAAAUAGGAGGGCCUGUUGUCUGGACCUCUGGCAGUCUCUAUGGGGGUGUCACAGGGUUAAAUUCUCGGGCCAACUCUAUAAUCUGUGUAUAUGAUGUCGCUCUUGCUGCUGGUGACUCUCGGAUCCACCUCUACGCAGACGACACCAUAUUGUAUACAUCUGGCCCUUCAUUGGACACUGUGUUAACAAACCUCCAAAUGAGCUUCAAUACCAUACAACACUCCUUCCGUAGCCUCCAAUUGCUCUUAAACGCUAGUAAAACUAAAUGCAUGCUCUUCAAUCGAACGCUGCUUGCACCCGCCCACCCGACUAGAAUCACUACUCUCGGCGGGUCUGACUUAGAAUAUGUGGACAACUACAAAUACCUAGGUGUCUGGUUAGACUGUAAACUCUCCUUCCAGACUCACAUUAAGCAUCUCCAAUCCAAAGUUAAAUCUAGAAUCGGCUUCCUAUUUCGCAACAAAGCCUCCUUCACUCAUGCUGCCAAACAUGCCCUCGUAAAACUGACUAUCCUACCGAUCCUUGACUUCGGCGAUGUCAUUUACGAAAAAUAAUUAAAAAUAAAAAUGAAUGCACUGUAAGUUUUGCUCUGGAUAAGAGCGUCUGCUAAAUGACUAAAAUGUAAAAUGUAAAUGUAAUUUACAAAAUAGCCUCCAACACUCUACUCAGCAAAUUGGAUGUGGUCUAUCACAGUGCCAUCCGUUUUGUCACCAAAGCCCCAUAUACUACCCACCAUUGUGACCUGUACGCUCUCGUUGGCUGGCCCUUACUACAUAUUCGUCGCCAAACUCACUGGUUCCAGGUCAUCUAUAAAUCACUGCUAGGCAAAUACCCCGCCUUAUCUUAGCUCAUUGGUCACCAUAGCAACACCCAUCCGUAGUCUGCGCUCCAGCAGGUAUAUCUCACUGGUCAUCCCCAAAGCCAACACCUCCUUCGGCCGCCAUUCCUUCCAGUUCUCUGCUGCCAAUGACUGGAACGAACUGCAAAAAUCUCUGAAGCUGGAGACUCUUAUCUCCCUCACUAACUUGAAGCAUCAGUUAUCAGAGCAGCUUACCAAUUACUGCAUCUGUACACAGCCCAUCUGUAAUUAGCCCAACCCAACUACCUCAUCCCCAUAUUGUUAUUUAUUUUGCUCAUUUGCACCCCAGUAUCUCUAUUUGCACAUCAUCUUCUGCACAUCUAUCACUCCAGUGUUAAUACUAAAUUGUAAUUAUUUUGCAUUAUGGCCUAUUUAUUGCCUUACCUCCAUAACUUACUACACUGUAUAUCGAUUUUCUAUUGUGUUAUUGACUGUACGUUUUGUUUAUCCCAUAUGUAACUCGUUGUUGUUGUUGUUUUUAAUCGCACUGCUUUGAUUUAUCUUGCCCAGGUCGCAGUUGUAAAUGAGAACUUGUUCUCAACUGGCUUACCUGGUUAAAUAAAGGUGAAAUAAAAUAAAAUAAAUAAAAUAAAAUAAAAAAUAUGGACGGUUUUACUUUUGGCUUGGAUAACAUAUUAUUUUUGUUGACUGCUUUCAUUCUUGAUAAGGUGUUUUUGUAAAGCAAGAUGGAGUGAUGGUAUGAAAUACCUGAAUUCAUAUUAUACUGUAAUAGCAUGUUAUUUUAUGUAAUAAUCAAUGAUAUUGAUCAAUGUCAUGUGCAGGUUUGGCAAAUGGGGAGCAGCAGCAGAGCAGCCUGGAGGACCUGAAGGCCAGUCUGGGGUCAGAGUUCAGCAGACGGGACCUGAACAAGAUGCUGACCACCGUGUGCUGCCAAGUGGGCUGCAGGAAGAGCGACCUCACAUAUCUCUGUUGAGACCCGGUGGUCUUUGUGGUUAACCUUUCACCCCCUCCCAAACAGACUUGCUUUCCUCCUCUCCAAAUCUGUCUUGCCUUCUUCCGAAAAACUGAAAUAGGGUGCAUUUGUUUUAUCUCACCCUGUGCGCCGGUGUCACUUUACGACAUUGUAAUGGUCUAAAAUGUGCAAACUCCGCUCAUACGGUGAGGUAAAACAAAUGCAUCCAUAGAAAAAAAAAAAGAAUGUUAUGUAUUAUAUUAUAUCCUCAACCGUUUCGGCCAAUCACAAUACUUGCACAGAACAAUCAAAAAUAGAUGUUUGAAAUCAGAGCUUAAAGAUAGAGCUUUUUACCUAGCUGUUGUUAUCAUAGAUUUAGUACAUAGUAGUGGUUGAGGGGACUUUUACUUGUCGUGUUGAUGUGUUUGGAUUACAAAGAGGGAGCAGGGAACUGUUUUCCUGUCAUAGUUUGUAUCUCAUGAAGUUUAUGCACAGGAUAGAAACCAGCCUCUGUUAUAUGUGUCGAUGAUGAGAGAGUUAAGAAUGAAGCUGAAUAAAGGGAAUUUCAUGUAACUUUUUGAAAAGACUAGUUCUGAUUGUACCAUAUAUUUUGCUAGCCCUAGUCUAAUAAAUGUUGCUUGACAUGCAUAGGGGUGUGAUUUUAAUUCACUGUGGAUUAUUGCAACGCUUUGAUCAUUUUGGCUCACUACAUUCUUUCAUUACAUACCGUCAGUCAUAAGCUCAUCUCCAUCCAUCUUAAAAGGGACAAUCUGCAGUUGCUACAUCCAUU